AUGUAGUAAGGAUCUUAGAAUUUGUAAUCCAGAGAUAUUUCUUAGGAUAAGUAUGCAGUUACUUGUAGGAUAGAGAAAUUUAUAAUUUGUGUUGAUCCAGAUAGCAGAUAAAUAUAUGGAUUAAAUCCAUAAAAUAAUGAUCUAUAUAUUUUCUUAGAUGAAAAACUUAAAAAUUAAAUAGAUUACGAUGGAGAUCGUGUCUAAGCGGAGGAAAUGUAGAAUGUUAAAUUUUUAGAUUCCCUUAGAGAAUAAUUCUUAGAAGACAACAAAAUAGAACUUUCAUAAUAAGUAUCUAAAAAUUUAAAUAGUAUUUCAAAUCAUUAAACUGAUGUUAUCAAGCAGAAUGGUCAAUUAAGCACUUCUACAAUAUAGCAAAAUGGCUAGCAGACAAAUUAAGAAUAAGCACUAAAUCCAGCUGUAAAUGCAGUGGAUAAUGCUAUUUUAGGCGUUUCUGAAAUAAAGAAAAAAUACUCAAUUGAUGAUUAUCGUAUAAAAGGAAAAAAAGCUAUUGAAAAUAUUGAAAAAAUUAUUUAAAUAAACGAUGGAAAUUGGCUUAUCAACCACGAAAGAGCAGAUUAAUACCGCAGAAGAAAAUUACCAAAUUAUUUACUUUAAAGAACUGACUAAAAUCAUCCUACUUAUAUAUGUUAAUCGCCUCUUAGUGAGGUUUUCGUUAAGGAAGUUACAAUCAUAAUCAAAGUAAACUUAAUAAAUUUCAAAAGCUAACUGUAUGAUAAGCAGAUGCUAAUUAACAAAGAAAAGACUACCAAUAACUAACCACUAGAGGAUUAAUAUUCAGUAAAAAUAAAAGCCGAACUAGUUACAGCAGCUGACGAGGUCUUAAAGAAGACACUAAGAGAAGUCUAUUAUAAAUAUAAAAUUAAGCUGCAGCCUUAAGAUAACAAAACAUUUAUUUUGAAAAUUGAAGGUUAUAGAGAAUAUUUAAGUGGACAUUAUCCUAUGCUUUCAUAUGAUAGAGUACGUACUAAUUUGAGAAUAAAAAAAUCACUGAAAGUCAUUUUGGAUCAAAAGUAAAAUGCUGUUUAAAAUCAAAAGCUGUUUCCUCCUGAGUUUGAGAGACUCGUGAUAACUAUUAAUUUUAAUAAGAGUGACAAUAAACAUUAGAGAUUCAAUAAACAAGAAAAAACAAUUGAGGAAAUUUAAAAUCUACUAAAAUUAGUAUAAAAUGAUAUCCUUUUUAAAUAAGGAGGCAAAAUAAAAUAAUUAUAUUUAUCAAAUAACUAUAAAAUUAUAGACAAUACUAAUUAGAUUAUUUUCUAAGAUUAAUUUAAUAUAAAUUGGGAAGAUUAUUAAUAAAUUCCUGCUUUAUUAUGGUAUCCACCUUAAAAGCUGCCUCGUUAUGUUCCUUAGCAGAAUAUAAAUGAUUUGAUUGAAUAUCAAAAGUAAAAUUUAUAAAAGUAUAAAGAAUCGCAAGAGACUUUCAAUGAGCAUAAGAAGAAAUACUUGAAACUUUACAAAUAAACAAAUGGAUUCUUGUUUACAACACAAUAAGAUAGAUAUUUUAGUAUGUAUGAUUAGUAAACAUUAGAAAAAUCAAAUUAUAGCAGCAUUCAAAGUACAGUUUAAGAUACAAAUACAUAAUAAGAUGAUCUUUUAAGGUUUUCUACAAAAAUUUCAUAAGAAUACAGUGCUGGCAAAGAUAAUCAUAAUAUCUUAAAUGAACAUCAUGAAGAUGAAUAUAUAGAUGAAGAUCAAGUUAUUGAAGAAGGAUAGAGGUAUCUUCAAUAAACUUAUUAAGAUUUUUAUCAACUAAAAAAAGUUUAGUGUGAGAUAGAUCCAAAUAGAUUCUUAAAAGGAUGCUAAUAAGCUGAAAAAUUUGCUAAGUAGUUCCUAGGAGAAGGCUAGUAGAAUGAUUUACUGCUCAGAGUAAUUAAAAAAGAGAGAAUGAAAGAACUUGUUGAGAAAAGAAGAAAUUUAAGUCAACAGUAAAUUUUUAGUGAGGUACCAACUAACUUAUACAGUGGAGAAUGUGAUUGGAUUUUCAAAGUUAAGAUAAAAGGAAUUGAAAAUCUUUACAGAAUAUUUGAAUAAGCAAAUGUCAAAGAUGAUAACUAUAGAGCUACUUAUAAUGGAAUUUUACCACCAGUUUAUAUUACAAAAUUUGGUGAAUGGUUAAAAGCGAAAGAACAUGAGGAGAAAAUUGCAAUACCUCAGAGAAUAGAUGGAAACCCAAAACCAGCACUAAGGUUAUCAAAAGUAAUUCCUUAAAGAAAAGAUGAAAGGUUUAAUGCUCAUCAUAAAGAAGAGCAUUCUGCAGCUCCAAACUCUUAAAUUGAUGUAUCUAGAAGAUAGGGCUAAAUGUAAGAAUCUUUUUAGCAUAGUUAAAUGAUGUCAGAAAGCGGUCAAUCACAAUCGUUUUUCAAAUUUGCUACUGACCAUGGAGAUAAGGGUUGCAGUUAUUUCUAGCAGCUUUGUUAAAAAUAUGAUAUUAACUUUGCUCCUUAUUUAAUCUAAGUUUAAGUUAAAUUAAUGUAUGGAAAUCGUGCCUUAGCAGUUAAGAAGGAAACCUAAAAAAUUCCAUUCAGCAGAUCACCUAGAUGGGAUGAAUGGAUUAAAUUUCCCUUGAUCAAAAUAAGUCAGCUUCCCCUUGAAUCUAGAAUAUGUUUUGACAUUAUAGUUUAUUCUGUAACAGGCUUAGACUCAUAGAUUAUUGGCUCAACUAAUUUUUAUAUAUUUGACCAGUUUUGCAAGUUUACUUAAGGGAUAUCGCCUCUAAAUAUUUGGCCUUUUUACGCUUCGGAUGAUAGAUUAGCAUGUGCUGGACAGUAUUAUGGAUUAACUCAGCCUUUGUCAGACGAAAAUAAAAGAGAUUAAAGGGAUCAUAAUAAAUGGGAAGAAUUUAAAGCGAGAGAGUAUUCUAGAUUAUUUAUUGAGCUAGACACUUUUUAAAAGCACAUGUUUUGGAGCUUGAGAGACGAUAAAACAAUGAUUUAAUUGGGAUUCCAGAAUGCAAAGAAUAGACUUGAAGAUUUAUGGGUGUAUACUCCUUAGAAUUAGUAUUUGGCUGAACUGAAAGAGUUGUUAAAGAGAGAUCCAAUUAAUAGAAAUUUUGAUAUGAGGCAAAAACUUAUUCUCUUGAUUUGUAGAAACCAUUUUAAAUCAAUACAUUAAGCAUUGGAUAUAUUCUUAUGUGCAGUUGAUUGGAGCAAUCCUGAGCAUAUCAGAGAAACAUAUAAUCUUCUUAAAUAAUGGAAAUCACCUCCGUGUGAAGAAUGUAUUACAUUCUUAGAUGCUCACCACGCUGAUGAAGUUAUACGUUUAUAUGGAGUUGAGCGUAUUUCAAAGAUGGCAGAUGAUGAAAUUAAGUUAUAUAUGAUAGAACUUGUUUAAGCCUUAAUGUUUGAAAAUAAUCAUUAUUCUCCUAUAUAAGAACUUCUGCUGGAGAGAUCUCUAUUGAAUCCAUUUGUUGUUGGCCAUGAAUUAUUUUGGAGUUUGAAGUCUUAAUUGCAUUUAAAAUAGUCUUAUGAGAGAUAUGCACUAGUUCUUGAACAACUGCUCAUGCUUUCUGGUGAAUAUAGAUCAGAACUACUUAAAGAAGUUGAGGUAAAUAAUGAACUAAAGAAUAUAGCAAGGAAAAUUAAAGUGUAAAAAACUAAUGAGCAGGCUAAAGAAGUCCUGGAAAAAGAAUUAAAAAGAUUAAUCAAUAAUAAAUACAAGUAGAAAGGUGAAGGUUAAGAGUUCACUCUUGCUAUAGAUAAUCGUUUGCAACUUAAUGAUUUUGAUACAAAGAAAUGCAAAUUCAUGAAUUCAAAGAAAAAACCUUUAUGGCUUGUAAUGAAAAAUGCAGAAAAUUAAAAGGAAUUUUCAAUCAUGUUUAAAGAUGGUGAUGAUUUGAGAUAAGAUAUUUUAACUCUUUAAUUGAUUAGAAUCAUGGAUAAAAUAUGGCUCGAUAAUAACUUAGAUUUGAGAAUGAAACCAUAUAACGUCGUAGCUACAUUAGAUUAAGUUGGUAUGCUAGAAAUUGUUUAAAAUAGUUAAACUACAGCUGCAAUUCAUAAGCAAAAUAACUAACGCUUUGGUUGCUUGAUGAAAGAAUCUAUUUAAAAAUACUUAAAGAAGCAUAAUAAGAAUUAUGAAUAAGCUAGAGCUAACUUUAGAACCAGUUGUGCUGGUUACUGUGUCGCCACUUAUAUACUUGGUAUAGGUGAUAGACAUUCUGAUAAUAUUAUGAUUACAAAAGAAGGUCAUUUCUUCCAUAUUGAUUUUGGUCACUUCUUGGGUAACUUCAAAAAGAAAUUCGGUAUUAAUAGAGAAAGAAGUCCAUUUGUUUUCACCAGAGUUAUGGAAUAUGUCAUGUUAGAAAAAUAAGAAGACUAUGAAGCAUUUGAGAAAUAUUGCUGUUAAGCAUAUAAUUUAAUUAGAAAGCAUGGAAACUUUUUUAUUAAUAUUUUUAGAAUGAUGUUAAGUGCAGGUAUGCCUGAAUUACAAAGAGAGUCUGACAUUGAAUAUUUAGUUGAAACGCUGUAACUCAAUCUUAGUGAUUAAGAAGCUGAAUAGCAUUUUAAAAAGCAAAUUAGAAUUGCCAGAGAAGAUAAAUUCAAGCUAUUUGAUAAUUUCAUUCACGAAAUUGUUAAAAAAUGA